CUUCGAACGUUAUGCUUGAACUUCUAAAAGCCUCGCAAGUUGUUAUCAAGUAACUAUAAAAAAUAAAGACGCAAAAGUCCAGCUUUCAAAUUCAUCAAACCAAGGAGACCGUAUUUCAAUAAAAAUCCCAAUUUUGAACGAUGGUAAUGAUUAUCUGUGGUAUGGAACCCGCAAUACCAAAAAGCAACUAGUUCCAAAGACGGGUUUCAUAAAAUGUGAGAGCCACUGAUAACAAUUCACCUAGAGAAGUUCCACGAAAAACGACCCCCAACUACACUCUGCACGCAUGAUUGCGUGUUGAGCAUUCCCAGUAAACAAGGAAAAAAAAGUAUGUACAACUUUAAUGAAGCAGGAGUCAUUUUACUACGUUGGUCGGUUACGUUUUUUGCGAAGGAAAAAAAGAGAGGUUCCUUUAUCAUUUUUGGAGGGAAGGGAGCUCCUCUUCCAAUUCCACGCGCGGCAAGGUAGAAAAAAAAUAAAAAUUCAAAGAACACGCUUUUAUGCCGUCACUCCUGCCCGACAAACAUGCAUGAAUCAGAGUCACAUUCGCGCCACAAUUGUUGAUUUGACGUAAAACGCGUCCCUGCUUACCGUUCCGAUCGGAAAAUCACGGAAACUUGAUGUGACACUGAUGUCACGAACUUAGUUCUGUACGUCCCUUCUGGUUCUUUAGUUCAGUGACUAACCGCUUGCGAGUUCGUACCUGAGGCCAUUCCUUGUGGAAUAUCUGCUAAAAAGUCAAGUGAUAGUGAGGGUUAAGACUACGGGGAUAGAGAAAAUGACGGAACGCUUUUUCUUGCUGUCCAUCAUCAUUAUGAUACAACAACUACUUGUUGAGGUGAAAAUGGCAUACGUCGAUCAGCAGAGAGACGAUCAACGAUCAAGAACCAAUGUUUUUAAUCCAGGAUAUCAAGCAAUCAAAAUCGGAACACAACUACAUCCAAGAGGGCUCCCUCAUAUAAAGUGGCAUCAUAAAAGAAAGUAUGCAGAAGUGUGUAAAACAAAGUGGAAAAUUUUCAAUGGAAAAAGACAGCGCGAGAUACGUCGGGAAGGUUACAAAUUGUGUGCCGACCGCUGCCGGAGGGAAGAUCCUUCAUUAAUACCCUUUUGCCACAAAAUCAGUCACCGUUUUUUGCCUGUGACAAAAUGUGACUGCUAUCCAAUAGAUAGAUUACCUUGGAAAAUGCGGAUCCAUUUAUGGUGGUUGAAUAAAAAAAAUCAUGGAGUAAUGUCUUUUUAUGACUCUAAACAUGCUUCAGACACAACUCUUGAAAUUCUAAGACGAGUCAACGAAUUUCAUAAUUAUUCUCAGGUCCCAAGCCCAACAUACCAAAUAGUUGAUGGGAAAAUUGAGCCCAACCCACACUUUUGGCCCGAGAAAGAAACUAAACCACCUUGAGUCGGGAGCUAUUUGUCCAACAACUAUGGGACAUCCUGUGCUUUAAUGAGGAGAAAUAAAGGUCGCAAACAAUUUUGGAAAAAAAAAAAAUGAUGCUAAUUUUUCCAUUGAAACAUAAAACAAGAGCGAAGGAGUUGCAACAUUACAAUCGCAGUUACAAAUUUUCUGACUCGAGCCAUACUAUUGGUAAAAAUCUAGGUACUCUAAUUUUUGUCGCAUUAAACAGAUAUUGACUCCAGAUUUCUUUACACAUUAACUUUUCCAUUUUUUGGAAAAUACAUCAAUUUUUACUGUCAUUAUUUGAAUUCUAAUUUCUAAUGUUGAUCUUAACAACUUCCUCUUAUUCAACCACGAUGUUUUCUCGAGCCAGUCCUUGCUACAGUGUUAAGUACCUACAGUAUCAAAAAAUAUCUACAUGUAUUAUGGACAGUUUAUUUUUUCUUUACAGAAAAUAAAAGAGAUAUUUGAAAAUGCAAAAAA